AUGAGACAAAGCCAAGAGGGGAGAGCACUUAGACAAUUCACUUUGAGUACAGGGAAGUCUGCUGGUAGGAAUUCCUCAGGGCGUAUUACGGUUUUUCACCGAGGGGGUGGAUCGAAGCGAUUGCAGCGAAGAAUUGAUCUGAAACGAAGCACUUCGUCUAUGGGCAUUGUAGAAAGAAUAGAAUAUGACCCUAAUCGUUCUUCUCGGAUCGCUCCAGUACGAUGGAUCGAGGGGGUCCGCCAGAGGAAAUGCAAGACGAUAGAGGAGUUCGCUCCGCCGCGUAAGAUCCUCGAACCUACCACGACCACCAUCCGCGGCCUAUUUUCGUUCUCUUCCACGCCCGGGAAGGUGGAUCAAAGAAAGGUAGCUUGCUUCUCUCCUGGACAGAUGGCGGCUUAUGUAGUGGUCGGCCUUCCUACCAGGAUUCCUCCUUGCUCGAAGAGCCCCUUUACUAGUAAGGGCGCAGGAAGCAAAAAAACUUGUGCUAAGGACGUUUUCUUCUCUGCCUUCUCCUCUCAAAAAACCAAGGGAGAGACUGCAUCCCUUUCCUUCGGUAGCUCUUUAGGUUUCCCAAGGAUAGCGGUAGCUGGGGCAAAGCCGGCUUUCUUCGCUCCGCGAAUGAGAGAGAAAGUCAGAGGAAAAAACACGUUCUCUCUUUGCGAGGUCCGAAAGUGGAGAACACAUAGCAUUCUCUGGGCACACAGGAUGAAACGUAAAGCAGCGCUUGAUUGGCAGAGUUUUAGGCGGCAAGAGACUGACGGGCUUGUUGGAGGUGCUGAGCAUAACGAAUCGAAACCAGAGACGGAUCCAGCUAGCUUGCCUGCCAAGCCGAUAGGCGAAGGGCCGAAGGAUGGAGCGUGCAAAGUCAAUCGUGCACCUGUCACUUAUUUAAUAGCCAGUCAUCAAUUGGAAGCGGGCAAGAUGGUGAUGAAUUACGAUUGGUCCAAACCUUCGACCAGCGACUUAUUGCGACCCGCCCAGAAUGGCCAUACAUCCUAA